GGCAAAACUCCCUCUUGCGGAUCAUCAAGACACAGAAUGGCAGCUCCAGGAGGCAAAUUCUUCAUUCAAGAUGCCAUGAAGACUCCAGCCGUGCAUCACGAAAGCUUCGAGAGGCUUUGGCAAACGAAGUGGCAGCCUUUGUGCAAAAUGGGAGUCUAUCCAUUCAUGUUCAGUGCUUACCAAGACUUCGAGCCGAUCGUGGAGAGGCUCGUCGCCGAGGAUCAGAAAGAGCCAUACGACUGGGACAAGUAUGCCACAGCUUUCAUUCCAAAGGCUGAGGAGCUCGUCGCCAAGGCCGAGCAGGCGGGAAAGGAUGGUGACCAAGAGAAGGCAUCCGAAUUGUUCUUGCGAGCAUCGGCGGUGUAUCGCAUUGCUCGAUUCCCAGCUCCUCGAUCCGACAAGCAGCGCCUGGCUUGGCAAGAAGGGAAGAAGGCGGCGAGGAAAGGACUAGCUAUGAGAGAACGUCCAACUCAAGAGGUCGUCAUCCCUCACAAACAUCGCUCGGGAAGUGACGGACACGAGUUGCCAUUCUACUAUCAUCUUCCACCCGGUACAACCAAAGACGAACCCGCCCCGCUGGUGAUCAUCCUAAGCGGUCUCGACGGCUAUCGAACCGAGCUCGUAGUCUGGUCCGAAGGCUGGUCGCAGAAGAAAGUCGCCACAAUCAUCCUCGAAAUUCCCGGCACAGGCGAUUCUCCAGCGGAUCCAAGCGACCCCACCUCUCCCGAACGACAGUGGUCAACACUAUUCGACUGGAUCGACGAGCAGCCCGAGAUCGACCAGAGUCGCAAAGCAAUGUGGGCGUUCAGCACCGGUGGCUACUACGCGAUUCGACUCGCCCAUACACAUGCCCACCGACUAUCCGGUGUCGUCGCUCUCGGCGGCGGAUGCCACUACAUGUUCGACCCGGAAUGGCUGUCUCAUGUCAAUCAUCUCGAGUAUCCCUUUGACCUGGCGACGACUUUGGCUUACAAGUUUGGCUACGGCGACGACUUGGAGAAGUUUAAGAAAGAAGCGAUGAAGUUCUCCCUGCUCAAAGAUGGUACGCUGAAUCGUGCGGAGUGCACGAGGUUGUUGUUGGUUAAUGGAGUCAACGAUGAGAUCUUCCCGAUUGACGACUAUUACUUGUGCUUGCAACAUGGAUCGCCGAAGGAAGCGAGGUUCGUGCCGGGUAAGAAGCAUAUGGGCGAGCCGGAGUCGUUUUUCAUUAUCUUGAAGUGGUUGUACGAUCUGUUUGGGUUGGAGGGCAAUCCUGCGGAUCAGUUGAAGACGAUUCCGUCGAGGCCGAAGUACCUUUGA